AUGGCCGAGAGCCUCGGGUCGGGCCUGACGGCGGGCGAGGAGCGGGCCAUGGUCGAGCGGCUCGCGGCGCACACGGACUGCACGCGGGCCGAGGCGCGCGGCGCGCUCGCCGCGGCGAAAUGGCACGAGGGCCGCGCGGCAGAGACGCUGCUGCCGGAUCUCCUCUAUCUGAGCCCGAAGAAGGACGCGGCCCAGGCGGCGAAGAUCCGCCAGGUCGCUGACAUCGGCCGCUGCUCCGCGGAGGACGCCGCGCGCGCGCUCGAGGCGAGCGGCUGGGACGCGUCCGACGCGCUCGUCGCCGUCGGGGCAGGAAAAGAGAGCGAAAUUCCCAACUUCAAAGGCUCCUAUCUCGGCCGUUUUCCACUCGUCGCCGUCGCGCUCGGCGCCGUCGCGGCCAAGGGCGCGGACCGGCGCGUCGAGGACGCCAAGGUCGCCCAGGUCGUGGAGAUCGCCGCCGUGUCGGAGGCCUGGGCCAAGCUCGCGCUCGAGUCCUGCCGCUGGGACGUGUCGGCCGCGUGCGCGUUCGUCGGCAGGAAACGGGUGCGAAGACUUCAAAGGCUCCAAUCUCGGCCGUUUUCCACUCGUUUCGGCUGA